GCAUGCGUUUCAUGGUGCCCGAAUAGAUUCUCCCUUUUCCUUCCUUCUGUUUGCCCUUUUCUCUUUCUGCAUAUCCUUAAUUUAGGACCAAAAAGUAGAAUUUCUCACUUUCGGAAGAUGGAAGGCGGCGGCAGGGAGGCGGAGAAGCGGAAGCGCCGGCAGGCCCAGGACAAGCUGUACCGCGGGAUUCGCAUGAGGAAGUGGGGGAAAUGGGUCGCCGAGAUCCGCGAGCCCAACAAACGAUCCAGAAUCUGGCUCGGGUCCUACUCCUCCCCUAUCGCCGCCGCCAGAGCUUACGACACCGCCGUCUUUCACCUCCGCGGCCCGUCGGCGAAGCUCAACUUCCCGGAGCUUCUCGCCAAUGAGGAAUGGGUCCCGGACCUCUCGGCGGUGGACAUCCGGAGGAGGGCGGCGGAAGUCGGAACUAGGGUUGAUGCGCUCCAGAUGGCAGGCCCGGAUCAGCCCAACCCGGAGCAGAACCCGAUCCAGCCCCGUGCGGUGGCGGUGAAGCCCGACCUGAAUGAGUACCCGACUCCGGAGAGCUCAGGGGAGGACAACUCAGGUUACGGCGGAGAUCAGUAGAGAGAGCGUAUAGCGAAUUUUCUGCAGCGGCCGUUUGUAUAAUCCAAAAGGAUUCGUAUGUGUUUAUAUGUUUCUCCAAAGUAGUAGCUGUUCAAAACCUUGAAUUAAAUUCCGUUAAAUAUAGACAAUCAAUCUUUGAUCUGUUUUCAUAUAUCCAUCCAGAUAUAUCGAUCUUCUCUUGAUUUAUGUGUUUUGAAACCCAACCCCUGAACUCCCCAAUUUGAAGAACUGAACAUCCUUCUCCU